GGCACCGGGCAGAAGCAACGAGGGAGAGCAGGAGCAAGGAAAUGAAAGAAAACGAAAGGGCGGGAGGGUUUUGAUUUUCCUUUUCCCUCUCCUCUCUCUCUAAGAUGGACAGCCACGUGGAGUCCACCGCCGCCACCGCUGGCGCCACCCCGCACUCUCCGCCUCUUGAUCCUCUUGAUUUCAUUCCCGUCGGAUCCCUAGAAGAGGAGAUUCCAUCUCCGCUGUCCGAAGAGUACCACGACCACGAUCACGAUCACGAUCACGGUCAUGACCAUGAGCACGAGCAAGGUCAAGAUCACGAUCAGAAUCAAAAUCACGAGAACUCGUCGGCUACUGGUGUCCUUACCGAUGAUCUCAAAAUCAAGAUCAUUAAGCAGGUGGAGUAUUAUUUUAGCGAUGAAAAUUUGCUGAUGGAUAAGUAUAUGAAGACUAUGAUUAAGAAGAACAAAGAAGGGCUUGUUCCUAUUUCAACAAUUGCUUCUUUUAAGAAAAUGAAAAAACUCACUAGAAGUUAUCCAUCAAUAGUUGCCGCCCUCAAAGAGUCUUCCCUACUUGUUGUGAGUUCCGAUGGGAAAAAGGUAAAGCGCUGCAAUCCUUUUUCACUCAUUGAGGUCAGGGACCCAAAGUUAUUUACUGUUUUGGUAGAAAAUCUUCCGGAGGAUCAUUCAGUGGAGAACAUUCGGAGGAUAUUUGGUGAAGUUGGACACAUAAAGAACAUAUCUGUCCGUGAUCCUCAUGCUGUGGAAGAGUCAAAGAAAAGUGGUAGGGCAGAUAUCUUGAUCAGUAGUAAGUUACAUGCUCUAGUGGAGUAUGAGACAGUGGAGGCUGCUGAAAAAGCUGUGAUUACUUUGAAUGAUGAACAAGACUGGAGAAAUGGCAUCCGGGUUAAGCUUCUUAAACGAAUGGGCAAGUAUGGGCAGCGAAGGCAAACCCGGAGGGGAUCUGAUCCUGAAAAGAAUAGCAAUGCUAGAGCAUCUGAUCAAACAGGAGAUGAGGAGAAUAAUACCUCAAGUGAGCAUCAUGAAGAUAUACCGGAUGAGGAGGACGGGGAGCAUUUGUCCAAGGACAAAAACGUGCAUCAGUUUAGAAACAAAGGACGAGCAAGGAGACAGAAAACUCGUGGUACCAACGGACCUGGCCAUGGAACUACAUCCUCUACUCAUGCCGUUGAACCAUCAAAGCCACCGCCGGGCCCUAGAAUGCCUGAUGGAACCAGGGGAUUCACAAUGGGACGUGGACGACCCCUAGUUUCUAAACAGAACAAGUGACUUAGUGUUGGUUGUUGUGCAUUAUACAGAUGUGGAAGCCGGAAGCGGGGCUUAGUUUGAAAUCCAAUGGAUUGUUGACUUACUGUUUGCUUUAUCUUUAAAAAACUCUUGGCAUUCCAAUGAUGAUAUACGACCUAAAUUGCUCAUGUUUUGGAUUAUGUUUGUACAAAUUAAGUAUGGCCAAUUAUGUGCUUGUGUUUAUGCUUGUAAGUCAAGUGUUUAAUGAGUUCUAGGAGUUAUGCAAA